UUGGCACUGUUUAAAACUUUGUUUACAUUUUGCUUAAUGGACGUGCCUUUAUCGGAAUUCACUGCUCUUGAUUUGGAGCGGGAGCUUUACGCCUAUGGCCUGGAUACAAAGGGCACAAAGCAGGAGCGGUAUGAACGCUUGUUGGCAGCUCGGCAGAGAUUCAAUCAGCCGCAUUGGAGAUCCAGGAGACCGGCAAUCACAAAGUUUGGAGCCCGCGUGCAACUUGAUGAUUUUGCUGAGAUUCGAACUUUCAAGCAGGCGGAGUGCGAAUUGUUAUUCGGCAAAGUACAAUGGAGAAUAGAGCGUGUUCGCAGGACGGAGGAUGGUGAGGGACUGGAGUACUUCCAUCCCGAUGUGCUGGGGCGUAUUGAUCGCUCCAAGACGUAUAUGUUAAAUAUGGAUGAAUUUAUGGUGCGACAAGAACCAUAUGUGCAUAAGAUAUUUGUUAUCUUCGUAUCACGAACAAAUGGCCAAGAACAGAAUCUUUGCUAUGCUAGGAGCAUCGCCAAGCUGCGCAGUUGGGAUGAAAAUACGGAGGAAUUCGAGUGGCCACUUAUCACAAGUGAGAACAUUGCCAGCGAGGAUGCGGAGACUGGAAUUCUACAGACAACCAUCAUUACCCCCGAGAACAUUGCCAAAGCCUUGACCUAUAUAUUGAAGGAAAUUAAAGAUAAGGGAUUCAGUAACUAUGUGGCCAUUGCUUGUGACCAGGUCAGACUCGGUUUGCCAGCUGUGACGCAAUUGGUCGAGGCUAGCGGGCUUGUAAUGCUGCCAUGUAUCGCGGACAUUCGUGAUCUUCAAAAGGUGUUUAGGAACAUGUUUUGUUCUGGCUGUGUGCGCUGCUCCAUGUGCUUGGAAAAUGAGCUGUUCACUAAGAGUACAUACGAGAAGCAGCUAAACAGGAUCUGUAAUAGCAACACUACUAAAAAUAUGAAUGCUGUGCAGCCGCUGUUGGACUAUGUCAACCAACUGUCAGGCAUCUUACUAGCAAUGUGGAACCAGCAAGAGCACCGCGACAAGCCCAUCUCCUUGCUGGGAUUCAAUAACAGAAUGCUUAAGAUAUAUGCCAGACAUGUUAAGAAAGAGUUGCCUCCUAUCACGUUUGAGGACUGUGCAGCCGGUGCAGGUCUCUUACAAUUAAUUGUCUUUGACGCCUUGUGGUGGUUUUCCCCGGAGCGUGAGCCUGAGGAGAUCUAUGCAAGUUCAACGCUUUAGCAAUUCCCCAGACAGAACUGAACAAAGUAUACUAAUUAAAUACUAAACAAAUGAAUUAUUAUACAUUUAAUUAUAAUUGACAAAGUUACUCUAGAAUA